UCGCGCACACAGCAGUUUGCCAGUGAGUGUGUUCGUCACUUCUCCCUCUUCGUCCCUCAUCUCCCCGACCAUCCUCUCCACUCCACCCGGGGCAACUCCCCAGCAACGCACCCAUGGCUCUUGGCUUGACCGGUCGCAUCGGUUCGACGGCGGCGGUGGGUGUCAGCAGAGCUAUGGCGUCCUCAUCGACCGACGAGACUCCCCCAGUAUCGCCGCUCCCGGGAAACUGCUUGGUCAUCGGCGGAAACCGCGGGUUGGGGUUGGAGGUCGUGCGACACCUGAAGAAGCGAGAGAGUACGAUCCUGGCCACCACUAGGACGACCAACGCCGAUCUUGAGGCUGUCGGAGUUAGCGUGCUCGAGGGGAUCGACGUCUCCGACAAGGACUCCGGGACCAAGCUUGUGGAGGCGGUGCAGAAGGAGCUGGGCGAGGGCGGCACUCUCGACUACGUCAUAUGCAACGUUGGAAUUUUGAUCCCUGAUACGUUCGAAGAUCCCAAAUUCGACGCGGCCGUCAAGAUGUAUGAGGUUUGCGUGCUUGGACCUCUUCGUGUGCUCCAGGCUCUGGUGGUGUCAGGACUGUUGCGGAAGGGAUCGAGCAUCGGUAUGAUCACAUCAGAAGGGGGCUCGGUCGGCCUCCGAACGGAAAUAGAGGGCGGGAACAACUACGGGCACCACAUGAGUAAAUGCGCUCAGAACAUGAUGGGCAAGCUCUUUGCUCUGGACGUGAAGCCCCGCGGCGUGGCGAUCGUGAACAUCCACCCCGGCUUCAUGAAGACGAGCAUGACCGAGAUUUACGCCGACAAGUACGACGAACUGGGUGCCAUCGGGCCCGAAGAAGCAGCGCCCGGCAUAGUAAAGGCCGUGGAGGACCUGACUCUUGAGAACACGGGGAAAUUCAUCGCUCCCAAAGGAAGCAAGAGCCUGGGCCUGGGAGUCUAUGCGCUCGAGGACCCCGAAAGCUACGGGCCCUUCUGCGAGCUCCCGUGGUGAUUUUUUUGCUGCCGCCGAACCGUGGAAACACGCCUCCUCCAUGACGUAUCCGAAACGAGACCCGUGGAGCCAGACAAUAAAGCACCGCAAAGGGUACAUCCUACAACUUCGGAAGUAGGUGCCCGUAUGUAGAAGGCGCUGAUAACGGGAGAGAGAAAAGUCGCGCAUUUUUUCGGGGGUUGUGCUGGCUUUGGGUUCGGCAGUGCGAGAGGGGAAAAAGUGCUGUCGGUGUUUUUUCGAAGACAAGGAUCACACCUCAUCGACCUAGAGCAAAGGGUUGCAUCUUCAGGCGCUUCGUUCUCCUUUGAACACAAUUACAACAGGGAAAAAGGAGGCCGAGGGCUCGGUGCAUCUUUGGAGCGGUUGAGCGUACGAUGGUUGCUAUCUACGCUCGAGCGAACCCUUGCAAGCAGCAGUACUAAUGCUUCCCACGCUUUUCCAGCUCGCUUGAGUGAGUGUUGCUUCUUGAGGCUGCGGUCUUGACGGCUCUGCGGCGCCUCUACUGUUCGUGAAUCACGCCAACGCGUGUGUACGAGCCUGUAUUUUUGUCCCGUGCUCCUUGUUAUUAUUGUUCCGUUUUCUGCUUGCGUUUUGUUCCGUGUCGAGUUGGGGGUUUCCAAGGAUUCCCGAAGGCGGUGUUUGUAUCCAGGGGAGGGGAGCGCGGGUACCGUAGCGACGAGGAUUCGCGCGCAGGUGAUGCCCCUACAUGCAGCGUUUGUUUCCUUGUCAGCCCUUUUGGUCACCCUUUGUACCAAGGACAUAUAUAUAUAUUGGACCUCCGUCAACAACCAGCGGGCGUGGUACCUUCUACGUUGGACUAUAUCUUGGUUCAAAAUCGGAGAUGUGAGGAGGAUACAUCACGUACUGUAUCACCGAACCGUGUUGUCAUGGUCCAGGCCGCGCAAUGUCGAUGACAGUUCAAAUGUUUUUACGCUUUCCAUUUUUUUUCACAUGGCUUCCGUUUCUUUUUGUGUAUCGUGUUUCGCGAGUCUUCUUGAGUAUGCCUGCCCCUCUGUACACUCUUCGGAAGAAAUGCGACAUGACAAUAAGUACCUCGCCCCGUACCGUUGAUGUAGAGCCAACCAUGAAUGUUAACAAGCGCGUAAGAAAGCGC